AUUAAUGUUUUUUAAUGUUAGUUAUGAAAGUUCAGCUAUCGAAGAAUUUAGUUUAAACUCAGCAAAAAACCAAGACUUGAAUGAUGAAUCACCCGAUGUAUAUAGCGAAGAUGAUAACUUUUCAAAAAGUAGUACAGAAUCUGAAUCGGUUAUUACUGGUUCAGAACAAUUUCCUGGUAAAUUAUUACUACCGCAAAAUAAAAAGAUAAUAAUUCAUUCUGAAUUAUUGGAUUUGCUAGUAGAAUAUUAUACUGCGGCUUAUGAAAUGUUGAGUUUUAGAAAACCUUUUGCUAACGUUCUUGAUAACUCAAUUAUUGUUUGUAACCUGGUGGACCAGUUCGGAAGAUACCAAAUAGGAUCUGAAAUAUAUGGCUCUGACAUAUCUUCUCAUUAUAUAAAAAGUUUAUUUAUUUUGGCCUGGUUUGUAAAUCAAGAUAGAAGUAUUGAUCUGUAUCCUGGACAAGUCUAG